GACAUGGUGUAAUUCAGUUGGAUGCAAUUGCAAGAAAGAUUGCAAGCUGCCGGCCUGAAAGGAGUUUUCCUUUUGGCUUUGGUAGUGAGACAUUGCGAUAAGCCGAUUGGGUCUUCGGUUGUUCCAGGAUUCACUUUUUUUCGGUCUGUUGAUCCAAGACAAGGCUGAAACUCCCGCCUCUCGACCUUUCGGCAACUUUACAACAACCACCUUCUACUUGACAACAUCAAUCGUUCGCAAAACUUCUUUGCGGCCCCCAUACAGCUAUCUCUUGGCUGUCGCAUACCUCCACUGAACAUAAUGUCUACCUCUUCGGACAAUGACAUGCGACCAAAGGUCAUUCUGAUUACUGGCUGCAGCUACGGUGGGAUUGGCGAAGCACUUACCAUGCAGCUGUAUCGCAUGGGCCACCGAGUAUUCGCAACCAUGCGCAGUUUGUCGGAGUCAGCGGUUUUCAUGCCUCACCAGACCGAUGCCAACGUUCCGAGCCUGACUUGGCUUCCGCUGGAUGUCACCGAUGAAGAGUCUAUCAAGAAAUGCGUCGCUAAUCUCACUUCUAUGAAUGGCGGCCGCUUGGAUAUCCUGAUAAACAAUGCUGGCAUCGGUUAUUCGGCACCGUUGCUGGAUGCUGAUAUGGCUCAAGCAAAGAAGGUCUUCGACGUCAACUACUUUGGUGUAUUGGCCGUUACGCAAGCCUUCGCUCCCAUGCUCAUCGAGUCGAAGGGACGCGUUGUCAACAUUAGCUCAAUUGCAGAGUUCUCGCCUGUUCCAUGGCUCGGGGUCUACAAUUCGAGCAAGGCUGCCCUGGGAAUGUUUUCGGAUACUCUUCGACUUGAACUUCAGCCAUUUGGGGUUAAGGUGAUCAAUGUCCUCACUGGUGGGAUCAAAUCGAAUAUGAAUGACAACAAUGUCAAGGCUGCGAUUGGUCCCGAAUCCUUCUAUUAUCCCAAUAAGACUGAAAUCGAGCGCAUAAUCCGUGGCGAGGUCUCUCUGAAGCAUCAGACCAGCCGAGAGCUUUUUGCUGCAAAGGUCGCCAAGCACAUUCUGUCAAAGAAUCCCAGCGCGCAGCUCUUGGCUGGCGAGAAAUCCACUUCAAUGUGGCUCUUGUCUAAAGUUGGUGGUACAAUCUGGGGUUUGUUCUUGCCUCGGAUGUUCGGACUAAAGAACCUCAAGCCGAACGUCGAAGAGACAAUGGCUCGACGUGACGAGAAGGAGGAAUUGGUCCGAGCUGCUGCUGGUGAACCUUUCGUCCCCCUCCCACACAUCGACCCCGACAGCAGCCUCAGCUGGAGCUCCGAGCCUGACUCUACGAUGUAGAUAUUGUUGAUCUGAUGGGGUUUUCGAUGAUGAGCAUUGCACAGCAUGGUGGCGUCUGGCGUGUGUUUCUUCAGCGAUUCAUGGGCAUUUGCAUUGGCGUCGGCGUUGGCAGGUAGUGUUGUCAGGGAAUGAAGUGGGCUCAGUGAUGUUCUGAAAGCAUUAGAUGGGCACCGAAUUCAUCCUGGUUCUGACAUUCUGGUGUCUCUAUCUCUGCAAUGUGUGUGAAGGUAAGCUCUUGAAAGAUGUGUGAUGG